AUGGCGGCACCAGCAACCCUUCCAGCCCUGCUGGACACCCUUACCAAGUCUCUGACUUCCACCCUCGAACUCGCCCCCAAGCUCUCGACUGUUGACCCUCCCAAGGACGGUAUCUCUCUCCUCGACGUCAAGAACGAGCUCCUUCUUUCCUACCUCCAGAACCUCGUCUUCCUUAUUCUCCUGAAGCUUCGCCAGGCCCGCACCGGCGCCCAAAAGAAGAAGAACAAUGGCGAUGAUGGAGAAUCGAACGACCAAGACCUAGACGACUUGGUGGUCAAGAAGCUCGUCGAGCUCCGUCUCUACCUGGAGAAGGGUGUCCGCCCGCUUGAGGACAAGUUGCGCUACCAGAUCGACAAGGUUUUGCGUGCCGCCGACGACGCUGAGCGCAGCGCCAAGCAAGCCGAGGCUGCUGCGAAGGCCGCCGAGGAGCCCGACUCUGAGUCCGAGGCCGCUGAAUCUGGCGACGAGGAAGAAGCCGCUCCCUCGGGCCAGAAGCUUUCCGACCUGCAAUUCCGCCCCAACAUCUCCUCGUUUGUCCGCAACUCCGGCGCCCCUGGUAGCGAAGAAAAGCCCAAGAUUGGUGUGGGCAAGUCCACCGAUGCCUCGGGCGUGUACCGCCCUCCGCGCAUCGCGCCGACUGUUAUGCCGACGACAACGACGGAGCGCCGCGAGCGCGCGGGCGACAAGAAGCAGCUCAAGAGCGCGACGCUCGACGAGUUCAUUGCGGACGAGAUGUCGACGGCGCCUGUGGCCGAGCCCAGCAUUGGUACGACCAUUGUCAACUUUGGCCGGCGCACCAAGACGGCGGCGGAGCGCAAGGUGGAGGAGGAGAGGCGCACGUACGAAGAAACCAACUUUGUGCGUCUGCCGACGGCGGGCAAGAAGGACAAGGCCAGGCAGCGCGCGCUCGAAGGCCGCAGCAGCAAGAUGCAGUUUGGUGGCGAGGACUGGCGCGAUCUUGGCGCUGGCGUGGACCGUAUCAACAGACUUACCUCUGGUGGCCGGGAUCGCAAGGGGACCAAGGCUCUGUUGGAGAAGAGCAGGAAGCGUGGCUUUGAUACCACUGAUGGACCUAAGGGCAGUGGUGAUGGUGGAUUUGGUAUGGGUGAGCGGUUCCAGAAGAGGGUCAAGGUGAUGGAGGGUGGCAGGAGAGACAGGGGCAAGAAGAGGUGAAGAGGUGGUUAAGAACACAUCUUUUGAAUUUGGUUCUAUUCAUUGUCGUUCUCGGCCCUCUAUACGGGUCAUCAUAUCAAUGAAUUCAAUUGAAUUCUCUUCUCAAC